AUGAAGAUCUUUCUAAGUGUUUUGCUCCUUAUUUUUUCUACGCUAUAUGAGGCGGUUGACGGAUCACAUUUUCGCGGUGGAAUUAUUUCUUGGCGUCCACUAAACAAUACACCGUCUGGCUCUUAUGCAUCAAUUCUCAUACAUCAGAGAUAUUUUUGGUAUAGAAACUGGGCUGGCUUUAACCCACCUUAUUGCAAUGAAGCAACCGUUGCUGCUCAAACAUUGAUUCCAGUCGCCUCUACAAUGACAUGUUUACGGAAUUGUUCAAGCUCAACCUAUACUCCACUAUCAACUCGGAUGACAAGUACAGACUGUGAUUCGAAUACAUUAAUUCAAUCAUGGGCUGGAGAGCGUUACGAUACUUUGUCACUGCCUUUGACAACAUCGAUUACAAUUGGUUUUCCUUCAAAUGCAUGGCUUUCCGCGCUCUAUAUUGGUGGGGAUGGACCUUGGUCCAUUGUCAAUCGUCUCAAUUUAGCCCCGAGACCCGACGGUUUUAUCAACACAAGUCCUGUUACAAAUACACUACCAGUAGUAUUUGUUCCUGUCAAUACACCAACAGUUCACAUUGUACAAAUGGCUGAUAAUGAUGCUACUGAUAUAUUAAACUGUCGUUGGUCCAAUUCAGCAUCUACUACGAACUAUAAUCGUCAGGAUGAAUGUGGUAGUGUUUGUCGUGGACUUCCCGUUUCAACUGUACUCUAUUCAUCUAAUUGUACUUUGGUUUUUACUCUGCCACAGACAAACAUCUAUUAUGCCUGUGCACUCCAAAUCGAAGACUACUUUGACUCAUCCUCAGUUAAUCCAAUGAGUUCGGUUCCAAUACAGUUCUUAUUCUAUGCAUACACACCUUCAGGUAGUGCUUGUUCGUCUCGUCCAGCAGUCAUCGGUGACCGUCCGAAUAGAGCUUGCAUUGGAGUUCCGUAUAAUGUUCAGUUGACUGAAAGGAUCGUCGUACAAACAUACUGUACUGGUCAAACAAUUGUUGACUUUGUUACUAGCUCGCCUAUCGGAAUGUUGCAUAGUGCGAUUGGUAAUCCAAGUUCUGGUAUAUGGACAAUGGUAUUAACAUGGACUCCCAUGGCAGCACAAUCAGGUCCUCAAGGAUUCUGUGCUGCUGCAAUUGACAAUAAUAACUUGCAGUCUGACCCAUGGUGUAUUACAUAUCUAGUUGACUAUACAUCGCCGAAUCUAAUUCGUCCCACAAUGGUACAGGGAUCAGCAAGUCCUAUUGGAACAGUUUUCGCGAAUCAAGCAAUAUUUUCAAUAAUGGCAACGAGUCCUGUUGGUCGCCCAAGUCGAAACGGAACAGAUAUCUGUUUCAACGAUGCAGCGACAAAUACGUCAGUAGUGUGUUAUGAUGCUGGUUAUGCUUCGAACCUUUUAUAUAAUGGAUACACAAUUACUAUUAUCACGAAUGUAGUAUGGACUUAUGGCCACUCUUACUAUGUAACAUUUGAUAGCGGGGUUGCUAGCGGAAAUGUUUUCUGUCAUGCUGAAUCGGCACCGAUCACUGACACGACCUUUUGGACCUUCAAUAUAUGGGACCCAGCCGUUUCGAGUACAACAACAACAACUACAACACCGCCUACGACACACACAGUGACAACAAGAACUAUAUCCUUUACAACUGUUAAUACAUUGCUUACUACAACUGGUAUUAUUGCCACAACUACAAACAUGUCGGGUAGUACUACUACUUCAGCGACUACAACAACAACUACAACAACUAGUACUGCCACUGUUACCACUGCAACUACAACUCAGUACGUCACCGAGAUGACGAUUAUAACACCGCAAGAUUUUGAAGCAGCCUGUCAACAACCUGUAGCAAUCGUUACAACUCUGGGGUUUGUUGCUAUGGUACCUGUACACAUCGUUGGAUUGUUUACAUUGCUUACAAAGACGAACAAAAUGUUCAAUCCGGAUUUUAUGAGAGCACAAUUGAGACACGAUAGACGAAUGUGGCGCGCAGGUAGAGGAUAA